AUGAUAAAAGAAGUUCGGUGUUUGGCCAGUCUUAGAGUUCGACUUUUGGACUCGGAGGAUGGUGUUGUUGUUGUUCAGAACAGAGCUCAUUCCUCUUUAGUGGUUAAAGUCAAAGAGAAGCAGUUUAGUGAUCCCUACUUGUUACAGCUGAAAGAGGGGAUCCACAGGCAUAAGACAAUGGCUUUUGAACAAGGCAGAGAUGAUGGUACCGAGGUCGAUUACGUAUUCCGGAUUUAUCAUGCUAGUAUUAAGAUGGCCCCGUUUGAAGCCUUGUAUGGGCGAAGGUGUAGAUCACCUAUUGGUUGGUUUAAAGUGGGUGAAGCAGAAUUGCUAGGACCAGAUUUGAUCUACCAGGCUAUGAAGAAAGUCAAGGUGUUAUCAGGUUUAAAGAAGGGAAAGCUCAGUCCCAGAUAUAUUGAACCUUAUAGGAUCCUGCGAAGGGUUGGUCAAGUAGCUUAUGAGCUUGAAUUGCCACAAAAGUUGGCUGCUAUGUUAAGGAAGUAUGUGGGAGACCCGUCGUUGGUUGUUCCUACUGAUACUAUAACAAUUAAGGAUGUUUUGACUUACGAAGAGAUCCCUAUAGCCAUCCUUGAUCGUCAGGUUCACAAGUUGAGAACUAAAGUGGUUGCCUCAGUAAAAGUGCUAUGGAGGAGUCAGAGAGUCGAAGAGGCUAAAUGGGAAGCCAAAGAGGACAUGAAAUCCAGGUAUCCCCAUUUGUUUGAAGAGCAAGCAAAGAACGCUCAAGGUAACCUUCCAUAG